CUUUGCGUGGUGAUCUCAAAAUGGAAGAGACACUCUCAGCGAGGCAGAUCCGUCAGAAGUUCAUUGACUUCUUCAAAGCGCACCAGCACACCUAUGUGCACUCAUCUGCUACUAUCCCAUUGGAUGAUCCUACGCUGCUCUUUGCCAAUGCUGGCAUGAAUCAGUUCAAACCCAUCUUCCUCAAUACCCUGGACCCAUCCCAUCCCAUGGCUAAACUGACCAGAGCUGCCAAUACCCAAAAGUGCAUCCGAGCUGGGGGCAAACACAAUGACCUGGAUGAUGUGGGGAAAGACGUCUACCACCACACCUUCUUUGAGAUGCUGGGUUCCUGGUCAUUUGGAGAUUACUUCAAGGAACUGGCUUGUAAACUGGCUCUGGACCUUCUCACCAACGAGUUCGGCAUCCCCAUUGAAAGACUCUAUGUCACUUACUUUGGUGGCAAUGAGGCAGCCGGAUUAGAGCCAGACCUUGAGUGCAAACAGAUCUGGCAGGAUUUGGGAUUGGCUGAGAGCAGGAUCCUGCCUGGCAGCAUGAAGGAUAACUUCUGGGAAAUGGGGGACACAGGCCCCUGCGGGCCUUGCAGUGAGAUUCAUUAUGACCGGAUUGGGGGCCGGAAUGCCUCGCACCUCGUCAAUCAAGAUGACCCCAAUGUCUUGGAGAUCUGGAACCUGGUGUUCAUACAGUUUAACAGGGAGGCUGACGGGACCCUCAAGCCUCUUCCCAAGAAGAACAUUGAUACUGGGUUGGGUCUGGAAAGGCUGGUGUCUGUGCUGCAAAACAAGAUGUCCAACUAUGACACUGAUCUCUUCAUUCCCUACUUUGAAGCCAUCCAGAAGGGCACUGGGGCCAGGCCGUACACGGGGAAGGUUGGUGCGGAGGAUGAAGAUGGCAUAGACAUGGCAUACCGAGUCCUAGCAGACCACGCCCGAACUAUCACCGUGGCCCUCGCUGAUGGAGGAAGACCUGACAACACGGGCAGAGGGUAUGUGCUGAGAAGGAUUCUGCGGCGGGCUGUGCGCUACUCCCACGAGAAGCUCAGUGCCCCCAAAGGCUUCUUCGCCUCUCUGGUUGAUGUGGUGGUGCAGUCACUGGGGGACGCGUUCCCUGAGCUAAAGAAGGACCCGGCUAUGGUGAAGGAUAUUAUCAACGAAGAAGAGGUUCAGUUCCUGAAAACCCUCAGCAGAGGUCGCCGCAUCCUGGACAGGAAGAUCCAGACUUUGGGGGACAGUAAAAGGAUCCCUGGGGACACUGCUUGGCUGCUGUAUGACACUUAUGGCUUUCCUGUGGAUCUCACUGGACUAAUUGCUGAGGAGAAGGGCUUACUGAGGGGUCAUUUCCCUGUUCCUAACGCUUCCACCUGUUGCCAUUCUCAGCUGAAGUCUCAGGGCAAGGGAGCCGGUGAGGAAGAUCGCCUCAUGCUAGACAUCUAUGCUAUUGAUGAGCUCCGCACCCGGGGACUGGAGGUGACAGACGACUCGCCCAAAUACAACUACACGUCGGAUCCUAGUGGUACCUACGUGUUUGAGAGCCCAGUGGCCACGGUGCAAGCAAUCCGCUGGGAGAAGAGGUUUGUGGAGGAAGUGUCCACAGGCCAGGAGUGCGGCAUAGUGCUGGACAAGAGCUGCUUCUACGCCGAGCAGGGCGGGCAGAUCUACGAUGAGGGCUACCUGGUCAAGGAUGACGACAGCAGCGAGGAUAAAACAGAGUUCACAGUGAAGAAUGUGCAGAUCCGGGGGGGCUACGUGCUCCACAUGGGAACCGUCUACGGGAGCCUGAAAGUGGGAGACCAAGUCCGUCUGUAUAUUGACGAGCCCAGGCGGAGACCCAUCAUGAGCAACCACACUGCCACCCACAUCCUCAACUUUGCCCUGCGCUUGGUGCUGGGGGACGCAGACCAGAGAGGGUCCCUGGUUGCCCCAGACAGGCUGAGAUUUGACUUCACUGCCAGGGGAGCCAUGUCCACCCAGGAGAUCAAGAAAACAGAAGAGAUUGCCAACCAAAUGAUACAGGAAGCCAAGACAGUAUAUGCCAAGGAUUGUCCUCUGGCAGCAGCCAAAGCCAUCCAGGGCCUGCGGGCUGUGUUUGAUGAGACCUACCCCGAUCCUGUGCGAGUCGUCUCCAUUGGCAUCCCUGUGGAGGACAUGUUGGCCGACCCCUCCAGCGCAGCUGGCUCCAUCACGUCUGUUGAGUUCUGCGGAGGAACACACCUGCAGAACUCCAGCCACGCUGGCCCUUUGGCCAUAGUCUCUGAAGAAGCGAUUGCUAAAGGCAUCCGGAGGAUCGUUGCAGUCACUGGCGCUGAGGCACUGAAGGCCCUAAGGAAAGCGGACAGCCUCAUGACAUCGCUCUCUGCCCUGGAGGCCAAAGUGAAGGUCCAGACUGUUCCCAAUAAGGACGUGCAGAAGGAGAUUGCAGACCUCAGCGAGGUGCUGGCUACCGCAGUGAUCCCCCAGUGGCGGAAGGAUGAGCUGAGAGAGGCUCUCAGAGCGCUGAAGAAGGUUAUGGACGACCUGGACCGUACAAGCAAAGCAGACAUCCAGAAACGAGUGCUGGACAAGACCAAGCAGCUCAUUGACAGCCACCCUAACCAGCCACUGGUGGUCCUGGAAUUGGAGAGUGGCGCUUCAGCAAAGGCCCUGAAUGAAUCUCUGAAGCUGUUCAAGGCUUACUCCCCUCAGACUGCGGCCAUGCUCUUCUCUGUGGAUAGCGAAGCUGGGAAGAUCACUUGCUUAUGCCAAGUACCUCAGGAGCUAGCCACCAAGGGCCUGAAGGCAAACCAGUGGGUGCAGGAGGUGACGGGUCUGAUGGAUGGCAAAGGCGGUGGGAAAGAUGUAUCUGCCCAAGCUACAGGAAAGAAUGUUGACUGCCUAGAGGAGGCUCUGAAACUGGCCACAGACUUUGCCAGGCUCCACCUUGGUGAGCUGAAGAAUUGACCUAGUGCCCCUGCACUGACUCUCAGCACCAAGGAAUGCCCUCAACUCUCCUCAGCCUGGCCGAUAGGUUACAGUGUAGUGGGGCUUGCGGAGAUGGAUUCUGCUCCUCAUUCCUUCUGAAUCCAUUUGCUUGAGGCAUUAGCAGACUAAAAGCAGAAUCAACAGCUUGUGUCCUAAUCCAGCUCUGAUGAGGUCUCCCGGUAGCCUGUGUUGAAUCAUGUCACUUUCAUCCUCUGUCUGUUCCUUGUCUAAAGUCAAGCUGACAGUACUGACCUACUUCCCAGGCUACUGUGAGGAUUAACUAGCUAAUGGUGUAAAGUCUGCAGAGCACAGUCCAAGGUGCUAAUUGUUAGCAAAUACUGUCACACUUCUACAAUAAAUUAACAUGCAUCAAAGCCAA